UUACAGCUUUGACUUGAAUAAAAAAAAUAUUUUAUUGUUUUUAGGUGAUGCAUUUUUUGCGCUUUAAAUAAAGUGGAGGUAAAUAGAGAAUGAUAUACUAUAAAUAUAUAUAAUGAAUUGUGGGCAUAUUGUGUUGAAGAGGAAGAGAAGAACAAGAAAGCUGUUGCUGAAUUGGAGAAGUGGAAAUCGCCAAAUCUUCAUAGCUUGAAUAAUACUUGCUCAGAUUUCCCUUUUAACUUCACGCAUAUACUAUUACUGUUGAAGAAUAAUGGUUUAUCAUUGAUGUCAAAGGCAUACAAGCAUUUCUUACAUUGUUGUAUUCUUGCCUUGGAUGUGGCGAACAUAUCUAUUUGGAGUCUGGGUUGGUACAUACACCUGUACUUCCUUUUUCACAUAGUUGUGUCAAAAUGCGUGCUCUUAAAGGCUGCUUUAGCUUGAAGAAAUCCAUAAAGCAAGAAGGGUAUGAGGAUCUUAUCAUACUUGCUUCUGAAACACCAUUUACUGUAAAUGAAAUUGAGGCUUUGUAUAAUCUAUUCAAGAAGCUGAGCAGUACCAUGAUUGAUGAUGGUCUUAUUCACAAGGAAGAAUUCCAACUUGCACUUUUCAGAGAUAGCAGUAAGCAGAAUCUUUUCACAGAUAGGGUGUUUGAUCUUUUUGAUGUCAAGCGCAAUGGGGUAAUUGAAUUUGGAGAAUUUGUUCGGUCAUUAAGCGUCUUCCACCCGAAUGCUUCUGAAGCAGACAAAACUGCAUUUGCAUUUAGAUUGUACGAUCUACGGGGAACUGGCUACAUUGAGCGUGAUGAGUUGAAGGAGAUGGUAUUGGCUGUUCUGAGUGAAUCCGAUAUGUUACUUUCCGAUGAUGUUGUCGAAUCUAUUGUAGACAAGACAAUGGCCGAAGGAGAUUCAAAAAGAGAUGGAAAGAUUGAUUUAGAAGAAUGGCAGGAAUUUGUGGCGAAGAAUCCAUCUCUUAUAAAGAACAUGACUCUACCAUAUCUUAAGGAGCUAACUGUAGCAUUUCCCAGCUUUGUGCUGAACACUGAAAUUCCAGAUUCCGGACUAGACGUAGUUGCCAUUAAAGACACUAGAAGGUAUCAAAUUCUCCUCCGAAAGGAGAAAAAUUUGAGCGAAGAAGUGGCAUGAACAUGAACAAGGAACCAAGAAUUCUCUAGAGAUGCCCUUAGUGCAACGAAUUAAAGCAAAGGGAUGUCUUGUCUACUGCUAUUAAGCCCCAAGUCAAAAAAAAUCUGUUUCUACUGUUUUGUCUAUAUGGCUUAUCUUGCUAAUAUUCAUUCACUCAUUCCAGGCAUAUAUUUGCUCGGACAUGCGAACAUAAAAUAUUCAUACAACUAAAACUGCUGUCCUUUUGUAAGCUGAGAUAUUCUAAGGCUUAUUUUCAUCCAUAAGAAACUGCUGUCCAGGCUUUUAUAAUUUACAUGUAAGAGCUCCAUGAUGCUAUUUAAGAAAGUCAUGUUCAUGUCUGAAGUUUUCAAGCA